AUGGCCAGCUAUCACCAAAAUGGGCAGCCUUACUACCCUUCGAGCAACCACCCUUCGUCCGGCCAGAAUAGUGGCCAUAUCCCCUACGCUUCGCAAUCCAUAUACCCUCCAAGACCUCUCGAGCGCUCGCCGAGUUUCGAUGCCGGGGAUGACGAACACUACUUCGAUGGAGAAGAGCCGCCGCGGGGAGCGCAGAGACACCACUCCUAUGCUCCACCACCAGCAGGAGCAGGAGCGAGUCCUCCAGUGAAUAGGGCCAUGUCGGCGGCGAGCCAGCAAUCGUCGGUCACGAUGCCAUUCCGGACAAACACACAACAUGCAGCUUUGGGCGGGUAUCAGCAUCAAUAUCAGACAGCCGUAUCCGGCCACGCACCCUACAAUCCCGCCCAAUAUCAUCAGCAGCAGCAACAGCAGGCUUCUUACAAUCCACUACUCUAUGCUCCCCCCUCUCAGUCCGCCCAUCCCACAAGCACCUAUCAACCGUAUGUUCCAGCUGCGUAUGGCGAUCCGAACCUCGCUCGUCGCACUUCAGUCUACAACAGCUACGGGUCCUACGAUGCGAACUCUCAAUUUAACUACUCUUCGUCCCAACCGCCCCCGCCCCCUCCUCGCUUUGAGACUGUCGCAUUCCCCAAUCCACAAGCCUAUGGCGCCUACCAGCACGAUGUAUCCCAGCAAUACCCCGUCCAGCAUCACGGUGUGUCGUCAACUUACUCUCCGCCGGCUCCUAUGCCCCCUCCGCACGGCAGGACGGCGAGCAUCCCAGAAGAAGCAUAUCCCUAUCCUACGGGCUCGUCGGCAACAUAUCCAACCUCAACCCUUACUACCUAUUCGUCUCCUGAUAUAAACCGCAAUUCCUCAUUUGCGAGCCGCAUGAGCAAUCAAUCAGCUUCGCCUCAACCAUCACUCCCUACGCCGCCGAGCAGACAUCCUUCCAAUAGGUCCCCUCAGCGUACGAAUACGCUGGACCGGCAUCCGCAAGGCAGAUCUCUCCCGGGUCUUCCGUCAGAGACGGAGUCGGACAAUGACUAUUUUAAUUCCACAGCGCCACGGAAUAGUGGAGCACGCAACACUGCUUCGACUGGCUAUGACGAUCUGAUGCAAGAUCUUAACGAGGCGAUAGGACAGACCUCGAGACAUACAAGGUCAGGAAGUGAUUACAGACAUCCCAAUUCGAGAGAUGAGCGACAAGAUGCCCUGUUUCAACAACCUUCCCCCAGGCCCCAACUUUCCCCAGACGAGACACCAACCCAUCUCAACGGGAAUAUCGCCUCCACAGGGGACGCCUAUAUCAAUUAUGGGGCGUUUACUGACGACAGUGACGCUGAGGCUGCUGCCGGGCUCGCUGCUAUGCAAGCCCUGGAUGAACAGGAAAGAGCAGAAGACGCGCGCCGGCGUAGUGGCUCGGCCACCCUCUUUCCAAGCCAGCCACGUGCAGACGAAGUGGCUCCCAGACUUUCCUCCCAGGAGCAAAGCAGCGACAGCGAUUACGCCGGCUACGGCGAUUUAAGUCUCGCCGGUGGAGGGUACGCGCCUGAUAUGGCUUAUGGCGAAUCUGUUGUGUCCAACUAUGCAGCCGCUGCAACGGCCAUGCCACAGAGUGAGAUGUACGGACAAUUGAACAACUUGAACACCAGAAUGAGUUCCGUGCGCAGCUCUGGCGUCUCUUCGGAAGGAAGGGAGUCGCAGACAAGCGGAUUCGAGUCGAUACCGCCACUAGAGAGCCUCCAUCCCUUCUCUUCCACGCAUAACGUGGCUCGAGUGGACACUGGGGGCACAGGCGGUCUGACAGAACCAAGUCCACACCCCAGGCGGUUGAGUUACGAAGACGGAGAUGAAUCAACCAUGAUUGAGGCAGAAACCAAUCGGACUUCGGCAAGCUCGAGUCCAUCACGAGAAGAAAUGCCGGACCUCUUCUUCCAUCCUGGCAUGAGCCAGCAGCGUCCGCUUCCACCUCCUCCUUCGCUCUCAGAUCCGGGUUUGCGAAUACCGCAUCUGAUGCCUGCUGGCACCUAUACUCAACAAAGCCGCUUCUCUCAGUAUACUGAUUCCAGUACACGCGCAUAUCCAGCAGCUCCAGAUGCCUACCCCGGCACGCUACUGACCCCAGCAAGUGUUCCUCGAUCUACCUCGCUAUCAAGUGCACGAAGUGCUCCUAGGGCUGAACAGGUUAAUCGCUCGAAAACAGAUGCAGACCGUCAGAGGCUUCUGCGGCAGCAGGGGAGGCCGAUGUCUGACCUAUACGACAUCUCUAGCCCGCAAUCUACCGUAGCACUGGACCUUCCAACGAUUCCGCGGAAGCGGUACAACCCGUCCAAGCUGACGACUGAUCAAUUUAAGAAAUGCUCGGAACCUUGGGCGCUUAGCGCGAUCUUAGCGUGGAUCAGGGAGCUGGCUGAGGAAGAAGUCGAUCUGAAAGAAAAUAACAUUGUUGAAGGCAUCGUUGCACUUUUCAUGAACAAAGUACCAACAAUGUACAUUACAGAGGCUGAAUCUCUAGGAGAUCGAGUUGUCAACCAAAUGUUGGACGCAAAUGCUCUCGUGAGAGAAGAGGAAUGGGUCAAAUUCGGACCUGGGACGAUGUCGGGUGUUCUUUAUCAACUGACAGGCAUCGGAUGUUAUUCUUCGAAGUCGCAUUUGUACCAUACCCGUGGUCGGUGUUACUCUUAUCACUGCAUGAGAACUCUCAAGAAACUCGAUCUCGACACCCUGCCCGUUGAGAAGAAAUCUGAAGAUUGGGCUACAUUCUACAAACUCAAGAAGGAGGAUAUUGAGACACACGACAAGAAAGAAAUUGAACGCCAGAAUGUCCUUCACGAAAUCGUCACAAGCGAAGACCUUUAUAUUAGCCAGCUCGAUGUGCUCAGGGUCUUAUAUCGGGAUCGUCUUUCUGGGGCACAACCGCCCAUCGUACCUACCAAAAAGCUGCCGACAUUUCUCAGGGAGGUGUUCGGUGGCGUGGACAAGGUCAAGAAAGUCAACCAAGACUAUCUCCUAGGCCAGCUCAAGUACCGACAGACUGAGCAGGGACCUUGGAUUGUUGGCUUUAGCGACAUUUUCCGUGAAUGGAUUCGAAAGGCUAGGCCUGUGUAUGUGGAGUACGCUUCAAACUUCCCUCGAGCGGAUUACCUCAUGCGGCGCGAAGCCGAACGAAACAUUCCCUUCAAGAGCUUCCUUGACCAGGCCCGAGAGGAUAAAAGAUCAAAUCGGCUAGGCUGGGAUAAUUAUCUGAAGGCUCCAAUUACCAGACUGCAGCGCUACAGCCUGUUACUUUCUACUGUCCAGAAGAACAUGUUAAAGGACUCCGAGGAGAAGGCUAACUUGGCCUAUGCUUUGGAUGAGAUUCGAGCUGCCACUUUCGAAUGUGAUUCUAAGUUUGCGGAAAUGACCAAGAAGAUGGAGUUGAUUGAAAUGCAGACCAAACUGAGGCUUCGACCACCCAUGGAGAAGGAGGUUGAACUGAACCUUGAUCACCUGGGGAGAGAAAUCAUCUUCCGAGGCGACUUGCAGCGUGCUGGAGGUAAAGGCUUCCAGUGGGUUGAGACUCAUGCCAUUCUUUUCGAUCACUAUCUUGUCCUGGCGAAGCCUCUCAGCCGUGAUCGCAGGGAGGGAUAUUACGACGUCUCAAAAGUCCCGAUCCCGAUGGAUUUGCUCGUCCUUGAAAGCUCCAACGACCCUGCCGUUGUAAAAUCCUCGAUGAAGGGAAUCGGAGCGGUCACUACCACCGUCGCACCCCGUGGCCAAGCAACCCCCGAUAAUAGGCUUGCGAGAGCGCAAUCUACUGCUAGUGGCGGGACUCCAGGGCCAUUGUCACAUACAAGUACCAAUCUCUCGAUCGGUUCAGGCAAUACAAGCCAGAGCAUGGUCCCCAUCACCACCCUGGAGUCGGGCAGUUCAAAAGAGGAGAAAAUCAUGUACCCGUUCCGUGUCAAGCAUCUUGGCAAGACCGAAACGUACACCCUCUAUGCCCCCAGCGCCCAAAAUCGGCAGGACUGGUGUGAGGCCAUAAUUCAAGCGAAAACGAGGCAUGCCGAAGCUUUGUAUAAACAAAAUGCUGAACCGUUCAAGUUGCGAGUGUUGGCGGACACAGCUUUUGGCUACGAGGGUCUGACGUAUCCCGCAAAACGGAUCCUGAUUAAGGGGACCCCGUUGGACAGGGCUAUCCAAGAAGCCGAGAAGAAGUUCGAAGGCCAGGGCCGACCAGCACCAGUCUGCCGAGCUCCUGUCAAUUGCGCCACCGUGUUCAAUCAACCAUAUGGUCGGCUUAUGUGCGCUGUUGGUACCGACUACGGCGUGUACAUCUCCGAGUAUCAAAAUUCUCGGGGAUGGGUCAGGGCUAUUCAAAUGCAACGAGUGACCCAAAUUGCUGUCCUGGAAGAGUUUAACCUCUUUUUGCUGAUCUCAGACAAAGCUCUCAUUGCCUACCAUCUUGACGUUGUUUGUCCACCAACGGGCAAUCCUAUCACCCAAAAUGACGCCUCGAGCCGAAAAGCGCCACAGAAGCUGUCUGGCUCCAAGGACAUUGGCUUCUUUGUGACAGGCAGGAUGAAAGAACGGACGCUAGUCUUCUACAAAAAGCGGGAUGGUAUAGCGUCGACCUUUAAGGUGCUCGAACCCGUCCUGCAAAAGAGUACUACUAGUCGGUCCCGCUUCUUACCAUCCGCAUCGCGACGUGGGCAGACGGAAUUUUUCCGAGAAUAUGACGAGUUUUACAUUCCGGCCGAGUGCUAUGGAUUGAAUUUGUUCCAGUCAAGCUUGGCUAUAUCGACCGCAAGAGGGGUGGAAGUAUUGACGUUGGAGAAAAAGCAAACGUGGAGCGUGCCGAACCUGCGAAGCGAACAGCCGGAGACACAAGCCCAUCUCAGUUCUAUUGCGACUCGGAUCAAAGAUCUCAAACCGCUGGGGAUGUUCAGGCUUGGAGAGGCAGAGUUCUUGGUCACUUUCGAAGAAUGUGCCGUCUAUGUUAACAAACAUGGAGACAUUUCACGAGGAGUCGUGAUGGAGUUUGUGGGCCGGGCCAAAUCAGCAUGCCUCUACAACCAGUAUUUGAUUUUGGUCGACGACGACUUUGUGGAGAUACGAGACGCCCAAAACGGCCGGCUGAAGCAAGUGAUCGCUGGGAAAGACAUUAAGCUACUGGACGACGGUGGCGGCGGCUCAGGAGCAGCCCAAACUCAGACUCAAGCUAUGUUAGGAGGAGGAAUCAACGGACUCGGGCUCAAAAACUUUGGGAAUGCACCACGGACGCCGAAGCUAGUCUUGCAACAUCCAGAGUAUGAGAAGAGCCACGUCGUGGUCGAACUGUUGUUAGCCACGGACCAGGCUUGA